UCCAUUAUGUCUGGUAGAGGUAAAACCGGCGGAAAGGCCAGGGCGAAGGCAAAGACUCGCUCUUCCCGCGCCGGGCUCCAGUUCCCCGUCGGUCGUGUUCACAGGCUGCUGCGUAAAGGCAACUACGCACAUCGCGUUGGUGCCGGCGCCCCCGUCUACCUGGCGGCUGUGCUGGAGUACCUCACCGCUGAGAUCCUGGAGCUGGCUGGAAACGCCGCCCGCGACAACAAGAAGAGCCGUAUCAUCCCCCGCCACCUGCAGCUGGCCGUCCGCAACGACGAGGAGCUCAACAAACUCCUGGGCGGAGUGACCAUCGCUCAGGGCGGCGUGCUGCCCAACAUCCAGGCUGUUCUUCUGCCCAAGAAGACCGAGAAGGCCCCAAAGUCCAAGUAA